AUGGCUAUGCUACUCAUCUCUCUUGUUGUUAGUGAUCAUCAUACAAAUUAUCAAAUUAAUAGAAAAGUAUCUAUUAUUCCAAAUCCAUCUCAAUCGCCACAUUUACAUUCUCCUAUUACAGAAAUAAAUAGAAAAGUUCCAAGCGGUCCAAAUCCAGAACAAUCACCAGAAUCACCUCCCACCAUGCAAACGUCUUACAACUCUGUUAGAGAAAUAAAAAGAAAAGUUCCAAGCGGUCCAAAUCCAGAACAAUCACCGGAAUCACCUCCCACCAUGCAAACGUCUUACAACUCUGUUAGAGAAAUAAAAAGAAAAGUUCCUAGCGGCCCAAAUCCAAAACAAUCACCGGAAUCACCUCCCACCAUGCAAACAUCUUACAACUUUGUUCGAGAAAUAAAAAGAAAAGUUCCCAGCGGUCCAAAUCCAGAACAAUCACCGGAAUCACCUCCCACCAUGCAAACGUCUUACAACUUUGUUCAAGAAAUAAAAAGAAAAGUUCCCAGCGGUCCAAAUCCAGAACAAUCACCGGAUUCACCUCCCACCAUGCAAACGUCUUACAACUUUGUUCGAGAAAUUAAAAGAAAAGUUCCCAGCGGUCCAAAUCCAGAACAAUCACCGGAUUCACCUCCCACCAUGCAAACGUCUUACAACUUUGUUCGAGAAAUAAAAAGAAAAGUUCCCAGCGGUCCAAAUCCAGAACAAUCACCGGAAUCACCUCCCACCAUGAAAAUGUCUUACAACUCUGUUAGAGAAAUAAAAAGAAAAGUUCCAAGCGGUCCAAAUCCAGAACAAUCACCGAAAUCACCUCCCACCAUGCAAACGCCUUACAACUUUGUUCGAGAAAUAAAAAGAAAAGUUCCUAGCGGUCCAAAUCCAGAACAAUCACCGGAUUCACCUCCCACCAUGCAAAUGUCUUACAACUUUGUUCGAGAAAUAAAAAGAAAAGUUCCCAGCGGUCCAAAUCCAGAACAAUCACCGGAUUCACCUCCCACCAUGCAGACGUCUUACAACUUUGUUCGAGAAAUAAAAAGAAAAGUUCCCAGCGGUCCAAAUCCAGAACAAUCACCGGAAUCACCUUCCACCAUGCAGACGUCUUACAACUUUGUUCGAGAAAUAAAAAGAAAAGUUCCCAGCGGCCCUAAUGAUGCUCAAUCCCCUCACUCAAAUUCCACUGUGAAAAGGUCCUAA